CACCCACUUAGAUCAGAUGUCCGGCAUUCGUACGCCUACGAAUAAUCGGAGACAACACCUCUCGGAGACAACACCUCCCCGAAGUUCAGCAUCCCCAAAAGGACGAAUUUCACUCUGUCGAUGUUAUGUCGUAACUUUGAAACGGGGAACUACAUAACGGACCCAUAGUUACACGCCGCAGAACAGUCAGACGGAAUGACGUCUUAGGAAUGUCGUUAGGUAUAUAAGGAUCGCCGACUAAGGGGGUCGAACAGUUCCAUUUCAUCGCCCGUUUCGGCCUUGGGUCCAUUCUCUGACGCGUCACACACUCUUUUCUUGCGGAUCCACGCUCUCUUGACAGCUCUUUUCAAACCUCUCCUUCCAAACCGGACCCUCGCGAUGUUCCAGACCGGUGCCGUCUUCAAUCUCUCCAUCGUGUUGGUAAUACUCGCCUCUUGCGUUUCCGGUCUCAUCAUUCCUCCCCAUCAUCGCACACUCACAAAGAAGGACGAUGUGAAUGGCGGUGGCUAUGGCACCUACUACCUCCAAAAUGGCACCCCAGGCUCCUGCGGAGCAGUCCAUUCCGACUCCGAUUUCAUUGUCGCCGUCGACAAGGACCGGUAUGACCCUAGCCUCUGUGGCCUCUCAAUCCAGAUUACCAACACUGUCAAUCAGAAGACGGUCGGCGCCACCAUCGCGGAUGACUGUCCGACCUGCGAGAGCUACAACUCGCUCGACAUGUCCGUGGCUGCAUUCGACGCGAUCGCGGAUGAGAGGACGGGGAAGGUCAAUAUCGAGUGGAAGUUUGUUUGAAUUAUGCCGGCGGCAGUAGUUCUUUAGACUCGCUUUUCUCUGGUGUGGGUUUUUCUGUUCCUUCCGUCGCUGGGGUCCGUAAAAUAUCUAUUGCUCUCUCCAUCCAGUGCUUGAGGCCUGCUUUGUUGUUUCUGUCGCUCUUUGCUUCAUGAUGUACGUUCUCGUUUCCUGCUCGGCCGCCGUCAAGCGUCGAUGUAGCCUUCUCCUCUACCCUAUAUUCCCCACAACGCUCUUCGCUCCAUAGUAGCCAUGUCCAUACCAUAGUACCUCCUUACUCCGAAACAUUGUUCGGGCUAUAAUC